AUGGCUAUCGCCCUGUCCAUGGCCGAGAUGUGCUCUCGAUGGCCCGUCGCAGGAGGCCAGUAUUCGUGGGUCGCCCUACUAGCACCGCCACGGGUGUCUCGACAGAUGUCCUACAUCACCGGGUGGUUCAUGCUGACAGGUAUCCUCGCAAUGGGCGCCGUCAACAAUUUCAUCACGUCCAACUUCAUCCUCGGACAGGCGAACCUGGUCUUCCCAUCCUAUACAAUCGAGAGAUGGCACACCGUUCUAGUAUCCUGGCUCGUCGGGCUAGUCGCCCUGGCCGUGAAUAUCUUCAUGCCUCACCUUCUGAACCGUCUCACUCGCUUUAUCCUGUUCUGGAACAUCACCAGCUUCGUGAUCAUCAUCAUCACCCUCCUAUCAACCAACGACAACAAACAACCCGCAGACUUCGUCUUCAAGGACUUCCAGAACUUCACCGGCUGGGGCAGCGCAAUGGCCUGCAUCAUCGGCAUCCUGCAGAGCUUCUUCGGGAUGUGCUGCUACGACGCACCCAGCCAUAUGACCGAGGAGAUGACGCACGCCUCGCGCGACGCCCCCCGCGCCAUCAUCCUGUCGGUCGUCCUUGGCGCCGUGACCGGCUUCGUCUUCCUGGUCACCCUGUGCUUUUGCAUUGGCAAUAUCGACGAGACAGCCGCAUCCAGCACCGGCGUGCCCGUGAUCCAGAUAUUCUACGACUCAACACAUAGCAAAGUCGCCGCCUGCUUCCUCGCCAGCAUGAUAACCGUCAUCGCGGUCGUUGCGUCGGUGAGCUUGCUCGCCGAGGGCUCGCGGUCUCUGUACGCCUUUGCACGCGACCACGGUCUGCCGUUCUCAGGCACACUCGCUACCGUGCAUGAGAGACGAAAGAUUCCGGUGUAUGCGAUUCUCGUCUCGAUAACGGUGCAGAUCGCUCUCAGUGCGAUCUAUUUCGGUACCGUGACUGGAUUCGAGACGGUGAUUUCCAUCGCUACAACAGGAUUCUGUAAGUGGUGCUUGGUUACGGAAUUGCUGGAUGUCUGCUGA